CGGCAAUGAGAAUGACCUGUUCUUUGAGGAGGAUGGCCCAAAACAGAUGAAGGGCAGCUUCCAAGACCUGGACCUCAGCUCCACAGGAGAUGGGGGCAUCCAGCUUCAAUUCUCCCACCAACUUUACAACAAGACUUUCAAGCAUGUCGUGUCAAUCAUUGUGGCUAUGGAGAAGCUGAAGAAGAUACCCGUUCCCUGCUCACAGGCCUUCCAGGAUGAUGACUUGAGGAGCCUCUUUUCUGUCAUCUUUGAAGAAGAACCCAUCAUCUGCGACAACUGGGAUGAAGGUUAUGUAUGUGAUGCAGCUGUGCAUUCAGUGAACUGCAGACUCCGGGACAUAUACCAUAAAUCCCUGGUGCUGUCCGGUGCAUGCGAGCUGCAGGCUGUCCACCUCAAUGGAGAGAAUACAAACCAACAAGUGGUGUUCUGCAUGAGCUUUGUGCAAGGAGAAGAAGAGACUGACAAGAUACCUGUGGCCUUGGGCCUCAAGGGAAAGAAUCUGUACCUGUCUUGUGGGACGAAAGAUGGGAAGCCCAUCCUGCAGCUGGAGACAGUAGACCCCAAUACUUACCCAAAGAGGAAAAUGGAAAAGCGAUUUGUCUUCAACAAGAUGGAAAUCAAGGGCAACGUGGAAUUUGAGUCUGCAAUGUACCCCAACUGGUACAUCAGCACCUCUCAAGCAGAAAAAAAGCCCGUCUUCCUAGGAAAUACCAGAGGCGGCCGGGACAUAACUGAUUUCAUCAUGGAAAUCACCUCUGCCUAAGAAUACUACAUCCAGAGAGUCCACAUGUGAUAAAUAAUGCUUAAGAGUGGCAGAGGGGAAUAGAAGGGUUUGAACAUGCUGCAGGCUGCACUUCACUGUUGUCUAAUCAAUGCCCAGCUGCCUUCCCU